AUGGCGUCUUCCAAUGGCAGUCCAUCAGACUGUGAAAACGAAAUCAGAACUCUAAAUGUUCAUAUGGUGAUUUCAUGUUCAUCAAUGUCUGCAAUAUCGAUGAGGAGCUUAAACUUGGCAAAUAUUCCGAUCCUUACAGGUGGCAACUACAAGAAGUGGAGAAGGGAUAUCAAUUUACUAUUGACUCUUAAUGAGUUUGAUAUAGCAAUUGAUAAUCCUAGGCCUGUCAUAAGUGAUCAAAGCACCAGGGUAGAGAGAUCAGAUUUUGAGAGGUGGACAGGGGCCAACAAAGUAGCACUUUCCAUCUUAGAAGCUGGGAUGUCUGAUACCAUCAGAGGAGGAAUCAAGAAACCAGAACUGGCUGUGGACUAUUUGGCUGCAAUUGAAAAGAAAUUUAAAGAGUCUGAGAAGGCAGAAGUGAGCCAAUACAUGUCCUUGCUCACUACUUAA